CACAGCUCCCCCUGUGUGGCAGCCCUCUCCUUGUGGUGGGGCUGGGGGUUCUGAGAAGAGGCCCGUAAGAUGUUCCUCUGACAUCCCUGUUCCUCACAGACCAUAGCCCCGCUCUGCUGUUCUUUCUCCUUACAAGGAACUGAGGACACCCCUUCCCUUACACAGUCCACUCAGUUCAACUGAACAUUUGCGGGCCCAUCCACAGGCCGGGGUUACCGAAGUGCCCGGGGACUCCGAGAGGAGCGAACUUUGGUCUUCUCCUCCGCGACCUCCCUGCAGCCCCUUCCGCCUUCUCUCGGGCCCCAUUCGCACCACAGACCACGUGGUCUCAGCAAAUCCCACACCUCGCAGGGUUCCUGGGGCUUCCGCCCGGGGUCUGAGCCCGCUGUGCGGGGGACCGGCGUUCUCCGCCUGCUCCUGGGCUUCCCGGGCCUGAGUCCCACUCCGGCUCUGGUUUCCCACCCUCUUCUCCCCGCUCACCAGCCCCUGCCCUGCGCAGGUCGGUGCUCAAGUGUUUCCAGUGCCCCUGAAGCGUGCCCCCCCCUCCUCCCGGCCACUGAAAUCCCACCCACACUCAGCCGAAGCCCAGCCUCCAGGAAGCCCUCCCAGCGGCGCGGCCGAACGCACCUUCUCGCCCCUCUCCUCGGCUCGCCAAGCUCUACCACCGCGUGAAAUCUGACUUGAGGCCUAUGUGGUGAACACAAUAGAGGACUGCCGUAGGACUGCGGGCUGUGCUUGGCCGCUCAGUCGUGUCUGACUCUGCCAUCCCACGGACUGUAGCCCGCCAGACUGCUCCGUCCUUGGGGAUAUGCGCCAGGCAAGAAUACUGGAGUGGGUUGCCGUGCUAUCCUCCAGGGGAACUUCCCGACGCUGGGAUUCAACCCUGCGUUUCACUUUUCCUGAUGGAAUGAUCUCUUACCUCCCAAGGGACCCACGAGGGGAUCGGGACAAAUUGGGGACCCAGGGUCUGUGUGACAAACUCAUUCAUUCCUCAAGCCCUGGAACCAGGUGGCUCAGGCACUUCACUGACUGAAAACCAUGAGUGAAGAGAAGGGAGAGGCCUCGUUCAGUGUGCUCUCGAUUUAUGAUGAGCCUGAAAAGAGGAGGGACGUGCCAGAGAGCCCUGAUGCUUCCUCCCAGCCGGAGCACCGUGCAUGGUCUCAGCUGGGCGAGGUGUGCGGUCCCCUGGAGCAGCCCCUGGGCUCCCCAAGGCAGCAUGGCCCAGCUUAUCAAGAGACGACCUGUGCGAGUCCCCAGCAGUGGGCCCCCCAGGCCCUAGAUGGAUCUGAGCUGCCAGCCACUCGGAUCUCCAAGGCAGAAUCCGAAGAUGCAGCGUGCGGUUUCAGCCCCCCACCAGGAGCGGAGUUUGGUCAGCCUUGUCCUUCGCCUGGUCCCAGUGAAGAAGUCUUGUCAUUCCUCAGAGCAAUUCCUCCCGUUCCAGAUGACGUGGUGGUUAGGCAGAGGGCCCCACAUAAGUCCUGGAAGGUCGGCCGACUCCGCCAUGGGAAGAAAGUCUAUGCAGUGGCUGUCAGUGGCUCAACUCACCAUGUGUACACCUGUGGCCAUGGCUACAUCAGAGUGUGGGAUGAGAGUGCCCUGCAUGCCUGGGACCGGGCGCCCCAGGCCCAGCUCAACUUCCAGGACCGUGACAGCUGUGUCUUCACCUGCAAGCUGUUCCCCGAUGAGCGGAGCCUGAUCACGGGGGGUCUGUCCCAGACCCUGACACUUUGGGACUUGGCGCCCACCCCCCGUGUCAGGGCACAGCUGGCCUCCACUGGCCCCGUGUGCUAUUCCCUGGCGCUCUCCUCCAACGCCCAGAUCUGCGUGGCUUGUUUCAAAGGAUUUGUUGAAAUUUGGGAUUUGCAGAACCAAAUCUUGAUCAGGAAGCAUGAAGUCCCCAUAUAUGGAUCCCAGUGUGUGGAUAUCACGGGCAAUAAGUUCUGGACGGGAGGUGAAGACACCAAACUAUAUUCCUGGGACCUGAGAAGCUACCAGAGGCUGCAGCAACAUGAUUUACGGCAUGAGAUCCUCAGCAUCACCCAUGACCCCAGUGAGGAGUGGUUGUUAGUAGGCUUGAGAAUGAGUGACAUCGUAAUCGUACACACACACCGGAGGGAAAAGUUUAAGGCUGUCCUACAGAAAUACGUCUGCCAUCACAAUCUCAAGUUUGCCUCCUGUGGGAGCUAUUUUGUGGCCACAAUGAAUGAGACGAUCCGCUGCAUAUCUGCACCUUCUCUGCAUAGACUGUUUCAGGCAGAGGAGUCCGCACACAUCCUGUGUUGUGACACAUCUUCUGACAAUCGGUAUCUGGUCACGGGCUCCAAGAAUAGUGCCACGGUUUACCAGCUCUUGUAUUGAAGGUCCCACUGGUGAAGACCCAAAGAAGGCCAGUGUGCUGGGAGGGUGAUCUUGGGGUGCUGGGCCACUCUGACACCUGCCACCCUCCCUGUUUCUCCUCAUGGGUUGGUUAUCUGUCCAUUCCCCUCUUGCCCAGCACAUGCCUAGCCUGCUCUCCAGGUUUUUAUUAUACAACUUAGGGAUUUUUCCUUUGUUAUUUUUCUACCACUGAUUCCUGGAUUUUGUAAUUAAUA